GGGAAACUGAUACACCUGAAGCCGUGACUUAUGCAUACUGUCCGAUCUCCAUCUCAUCCCAUCGCCACAUUCUCCAGAAUGACUGGGGAAGAGUCGCCAUGUCGGAUCCUGGUCAUGGCCUCUGGCUUUGGCUCGAACUUCCAGGCUCUCAUAGAUGCUAUAUCUACGGGUCAGCUUCGAAAUAGCCGCAUCAUAUCUCUCAUCACAAACCGGAGAAAUGCACACGCAACUGUUCGAGCAGAUGAAGCAGGCAUUCCUUGGGAUUACUUCAAUCUAAUUAGUAACGGGUUCUUGGGGAAGGGAGAAACAGACGAACAGAAAGUAGCUGAGGGCCGUCAAAGAUAUGAUGCUGCAUUGGCCGCGAGGAUUCUAUCAACAGAUAAGGAAAGGCCUGAGUUGAUUAUUCUCGCUGGUUGGAUGCAUGUCUUCUCAGUUGCCUUCCUAGAACCUAUCGAAAGGGCAGGGGUGCGGAUAAUCAACAUCCAUCCGGCACUACCGCGGGAGUUCGAUGGAGCUAUGGCGAUUGAGCGAGCUUUCGAAGAGUUUAAGGCUGGGCGACUAACACGCACGGGUAUUAUGGCCCACUACGUAAUUGAUGAGGUGGAUAGGGGUGCUCCUAUCGUGGUUAAAGAGGUUGAGUGGAAGGGAGAGGAGCUGGAAGAGUUCAAGGAGAGGAUGCAUGUCCAUGAGCACGAGCUGAUCGUGAAGGCAACGGCGAAGGUGGUGCAGGAGAUAGUGGAGGGCAGGGGAGCGUAAGCCCCGAGACGCCCCAAAAUCCUUGAGCUGAGAAUAUGGUCUGAGAUGUUGUCUGUGGGGUGGUGGUUGUGUAAUACGGGUUUCUGGUUUUUGGGGCCCUUAUCCUUGGGCAGCACCAAAGAGGCCAAAGUGUAUAUGUCUAACUGAGGUGUACACAAGCUAUAAGCCCCCCCCAAUGCCGUUCGAUAGAUACGUCGGCCACGCGAUCAUUGCGUCACAAACAUUGUUGCGUGAUCACAUCGUCUGGAUCGCAGGAUGGGAAGGGCCUUUAGAAUUCGCCCUGACCUUGACGAUAGCACUGAUAAGGGCGAGAGGUCGACAGCCGCAUAAUCACGUGGCUAGGCCUACACCUACACCUCAGGCACCGGCACCACCGUUAGUGCGACCCCCUUGCUGCAGCAUGGUAAAUUGUACU